UUCAGUUCAAAAUGACUGGUCGUCAAGGUGGCAAAGCUAAGCCCCUGAAGCAACCGAAAAAGUCGGAGAAAGAAUUGACUGAAGACGAUCUGGAGUUCAAAAAGAAGCAGAUGGAAGAGAAAAAGAAGUUGGCUGAAUUGGCUGCGAAAGCACAACAUAAAGGACCGCUUGUUGGUGGUGGCAUAAAGAAAUCCGGUAAGAAGUGAUUCGAUUCGAUCGGGAUCUUACUUCGCUCAAAUACUCUUUGUCUUUUGUCUGUACUGUCAUUCCUGCGUUCGUUUGA